AUGUAAGGAUUAAUUGACAUCGAACCAAAACAAUAUUUAGACUUCAUUCUUCAAGACAAUAAUUUAGCCUCUACGACUCUCAAUAUCUUCAACUUGACUCCUAAUACUCUAUCCUACAAAGUCAAAACUACAACACCCAACUUGUUUUAAGUCAAACCUAAUUUGGGCAUCAUAUCACCCAACAAUCAAGUUUCCAUCUCCAUAAAUACAAUCCAACCAAUCAAAGAGGAAGGCAAAUUGAACUCCAAAUUUCAGAUUAAUGCUUGCACAAUUGAACAAGAUGAACAGGAUCUCACUACUUAUUGGAAAUAAAAGGACCCAUCGUUGAUUUAAUAAGUCUAGGUUAGAAGUAGACUCAAGUAGCCAGAAAUUAAGCACGAAAUAGUUCAUUAGGAAUUGCAAUAAAGUAUUAUUUCAGAGCCACAUGAAAACAUAAGUCAAAUGUAUUAAUCAGUUAUUGAUUCCCAAUCCAAAGAGAAGGAUGAGGAAAUCUAGAGAUAUCAAGAUCAAAUUGAUCAAUUAUAAAAAGAACUUUCUGAUUAUCAAUUGAUGCUAAAGAGUGUGAAACAAUAAGAAGUGGCUGUCAAACACCAUGCUAACAAAUUUGAGUUGAAACAUAUUUUGAUCAUAGCUGCAAUAUCGCUCAUCUUGGGAUUUAUUUUUGGAAAAUGA